UGAUCAGCUGUGUCCAAUCACAGCUGAUCACAUGUAAACAGGGAAAUGCCGGUUAUCUGCAUUUCUCUCCUCACGAGCUGUCACGCUGACAGCUUGUGAGAAGAGAGCCGCAGCACCACCUGUCAGUGCCCAUCAAUGCCAGCUCUCAGUGCUCAUCCAUGCCACCUGCCAGUGCCCAUCAGUGCCACAUCAGUGCCACAUUUCAGUGCCCAUCAGUGCCCAUCUGAGCUGCCUUUCAGUGUCACCCAUCAGUGCCAGUUAGUGCCACCUAUCAAUGCCAGUCAGUGCCACCUAUCAGUGCUGCCAAUCAGUGCCACCUAUGAGUGCCAGUCAGUGCAGCCUAUCAGUGUGCAUCAGUGCCGCCUAUCAGUGCCCGUUAGUGCUGCCUAUCAGUGCUGCCUAACAGUGCCAGUCAGUGCCGCCUAUCAGUGCCAGUCAGUU